UAAGUUUAUAACGAUGGACCAUGAGUAGUAGCAGAACUGGCAAUAUUCAACAGGGGGAAAAAAUGCUGGCUUUAGUGUCAGCACCAAAUAGCUGUUACAUCAAUCACUCAAGAAAAAGAAGAUUUAUACACAAGAAUGAAUGUUACAUCUCCACAACUUGUUCACUUCACUUGUCAAACUCCCAUUUACUUUUACAAUCACGAAAUCUUGUUCUGAAUCAAAAACCCAUUUCACAAAUAUCCAGGAGACCGCUUCUGUGUUCAAAUUCGUCAACUGUCAUUACUGCAGCUGAUGAUAACAGCAAGAAUAAAAGCAUUGGGGAUUGGAUCCAAAGUGUUGGGGAAGCGAUUUCUGUUUUGUUUCCUUUGUGGGUAGCUUUGGGUUGCUUGAUUGGGCUGCUUAAACCUAGCUCAUACAAUUGGGUCAAACCCCAAUGGACUGUGAUGGGUAUCACACUCACCAUGCUUGGCAUGGGAAUGACUCUUACUUUCGAUGAUCUUCGUGCUGCUUUAGCCAUGCCCAAAGAGUUAUUAUGUGGUUUCGUCCUUCAGUAUUCGGUGAUGCCUUUAUCAGGAUAUUUUGUUAGUAAGCUAUUAAAUUUGCCAUCCCAUUAUGCAGCAGGCUUGAUAUUGGUUGGCUGCUGUCCUGGAGGGACGGCAAGUAACAUUGUCACUUACAUUGCACGUGGAAACGUGGCGCUUUCAGUUUUGAUGACUGCUGCAAGUACCCUAUCUGCUGUGGUGAUGACCCCUUUUCUAACACAGAAACUGGCAGGGCAAUUUGUUGCAGUAGAUGCAGCUGGACUUUUCAUGUCCACUUUACAGGUGGUGCUUCUUCCUGUAUUAGCUGGUGCAUUUCUGAAUCAGUAUUUCAAAAGCCUUGUCAAAAUUGUGUCUCCGUUGAUGCCACCUAUUGCUGUAGCAACUGUUGCAGUUCUUUGUGGAAAUGCAAUUGCGCAGAGUUCUUCUGCAAUCCUUAUGUCAGGUCAACAGGUUGUCUUAGCUACUGCUCUUCUUCAUGCGUCUGGCUUCAUCUUUGGUUAUGUACUCGCGAGGAUGCUUGGAGUUGAUGUAUCCUCCUCAAGGACAAUAUCUAUUGAAGUCGGCAUGCAGAACUCGGUUCUUGGAGUAGUUCUAGCCACUCAGCACUUUGGCAAUCCACUUACUGCAGUACCAUGUGCAGUUUCUAGUGUUUGUCACUCGAUAUUUGGCAGUGCCUUGGCUGGCAUCUGGAGGCGUUCCGUUCCAGACAAAGUGCAGGACUGAGUCACUCUGUUGGUAUAUCUUGACAACGAAUAUGAGAUUGUAGUUUUUCACAAGUGAUACAUCAAGCUUGUUAGUAAGUGGAAUUGGAGGGUCCGUUAUUUAUUUUUUGGGGGGGAAGUUCAUAGUGUUGAUGUCUGGCGAAUCAGCAUUAACCUAUCGAUACUAAAACCAAUUUGGUAUUUCUGGGGGGUGAUUUCAAGAUGUUCCAGGUAACUUUGAAUUCUCCGAACUAGUAAAACUGCUCGAGAUGACAAAGUAAUCAAUUAUGCAGAGAGUCGACUAAACAUCUUGAUCAUUAGCAGGAAAUCUGCCCGUAUUUGAUCUCCAAUUCUUGUUCACGCAAUGAUCGUGUGGGGUGACUUGUGAUCUCAUAUGUUCUUGUCGAGUGAGGAAAACUAGGCUCGUGUCACGGUAUUUAGUUAGCUUCUUGCAACACCCUUGUUCUCUCACAUUGCAAAAUUGAAACAAAGUUUUUACCUAGAA